UUAACUCAUUCUCCGUAUUUUGUAAUGACAUAACUCUGUGAACUUUUAAAGAAUAUAGAAGUGUGAGAUUAAAUCAACUCGUUGUAACAAGAUCUUCAAAAGUCUGACAGUGAGAUGAAUUAAAUGUUCUACAAUGCAAGUAAUUAUUUAUCUUCUAAUUACAUUUCUGACAUUUUCUUCUGGCUAUCGAUAUAGCUUGAAGGAUUACUUGAGCCAUCAACAAGAACUUUUAAACGUUAAGAAUGAAACCGACAGUCAAGACAAUGCUUUAUUAUCACGGAAUACAGAUUCAAAACUACAACAACUCUCUGAUCCAUCUCGCGGUCAAUUCAAAUGUUAUAAACCAGGCAUCUAUCCCGAUGUAUACGACUGCAAAAGAUAUUAUAAGUGUAUAAUUGAAGACAAUGGGCAGAAACAAAUUAAAUUUCGUCAGAUAAUUCACACAUGCGGUUCUGGAAAAAUUUACUCAUAUAUAUAUGAGAAAUGCAUGCAAGUUGAAGAAAGUGAAAGGCCAGAGUGCACUAUGUCAGGAUCUAUACAUAUUAAAAACUAUACAAAAGCACUUGGAGAACAUCAAUCUGAAAACGAAGAUGAGCAAAACACGUGGGAAGGGUCAUAUCAACAGCAAUUCUCGCUGCAUAGAUUUAUUACUCCGAAAUUAGAAGUGAAUUGUCAACGGGAAGGGUAUACGCCUUCUAGGAAUAAAAAGAAGUAUUACAGAUGCUUUCGUAUCCAUUCCGGAUUUGUAGUAUACGAGUUAGAAUGCGACAGUGGAACGAUAUGGGAUAAUAUAAAGCAGACAUGCUCAAUUCCUCGGGAUAUAUCCGAAAAUGAUGAUUCUAAAAGCGAAGAAGGAUCGGAUUCAUCAGAGUCUGAGAGUAGUGAAACUGUAAUUAACGAACAUAAGAAAAGCAAAAAAAACGGCGAGUCUAAAAGCAAAGCACAGGAAAAAAAUAAAGAAAGCAGCAAAUGGAAGGAAAAUUGGAACGUUAAGGAGAGGAAUGAGUCUAGACGCAAACAACACGAAAAGAAUAAAGAGAAGAGCAAAUGGAGGGAAAAUUGGAACAGUAAGGAGAGGAAUGAGUCUGGACGCAAAGAACAAAAAAAGAAUAAAGAGAACAGCGAAAGUAUAGAAAAUUGGGACAGUAAGGAGAGGAAUGAGUCUAGACGCAAAAAACAGGAAAAAAAUAAAGAAAACAGUGAAAGUAUAGAAAAUUGGGACAGUAAGGAGAGGAAUGACUCUGGACGCAAAAAACAGGAAAAGAAUAAAGAGAACAGUAAAUGGAAGGAAAAUUGGAACGGUAAGAAGAGGAAUGAGUCUGGACGCAAAGAACAGGAAAAGAAUAAAGAGAACAGCGAAAGUACAGAAAAUUGGGACAGUAAGGAGAGGAAUAAGUCUGGACGCAAAAAACAGGAAAAGAAUAAAGAGAACAGCGAAAGUAAGGAAAAUUGGAACGGUAAGGAGAGGAAUGAGUCUGGACGCAAAGAACAGGAAAAGAAUAAAGAGAACAGCGAAAGUAUAGAAAAUUGGGACAGUAAGGAGAGGAAUGAGUCUGGACGCAAAAAACAGGAAAAGAAUAAAGAGAACAGCGAAAGUAAGGAAAAUUGGAACGGUAAGGAGAGGAAUGAGUCUGGACGCAAAGAACAGGAAAAGAAUAAAGAGAACAGCGAAAGUAUAGAAAAUUGGAACAGUAAGGAGAGGAAUGAGUCGUCUGGACGCAAAGAACAGGAAAAGAAUAAAAAGAACAGCGAAAGUAUAGAAAAUUGGGACAGUAAGGAGAGGAAUGAGUCUGGACGCAAAAAACAGGAAAAGAAUAAAGAGAACAGCGAAAGUAUAGAAAAUUGGGACAGUAAGGAGAGGAAUGAGUCUGGACGCAAAAAACAAGAAAAGAAUAAAGAAAACAGCGAAAGUAUAGAAAAUUGGGACAGUAAGGAGAGGAAUGAGUCGUCUGGACGCAAAGAACAGGAAAAGAAUAAAAAGAACAGCGAAAGUAUAGAAAAUUGGGACAGUAAGGAGAGGAAUGAGUCUGGACGCAAAAAACAGGAAAAGAAUAAAGAGAACAGCGAAAGUAUAGAAAAUUGGGACAGUAAGGAGAGGAAUGAGUCUGGACGCAAAAAACAGGAAAAGAAUAAAGAGAACAGCGAAAGUAUAGAAAAUUGGGACAGUAAGGAGAGGAAUGAGUCUGGACGCAAAAAACAGGAAAAGAAUAAAGAGAACAGCGAAAGUAUAGAAAAUUGGGACAGUAAGGAGAGGAAUGAGUCUGGACGCAAAAAACAGGAAAAGAAUAAAGAGAACAGCGAAAGUAUAGAAAAUUGGGACAGUAAGGAGAGGAAUGAGUCUGGACGCAAAAAACAGGAAAAGAAUAAAGAGAACAGCGAAAGUAUAGAAAAUUGGGACAGUAAGGAGAGGAAUGAGUCUGGACGCAAAGAACAGGAAAAGAAUAAAGAGAACAGCGAAAGUAUAGAAAAUUGGGACAGUAAGGAGAGGAAUGAGUCUGGACGCAAAAAACAGGAAAAGAAUAAAGAGAACAGCGAAAGUAAGGAAAAUUGGAACGGUAAGGAGAGAAAUGAGUCUGGAAGCAAGGAACAUAAAAACAGUAAAGAAAGUUCCGAAAUUGAAAGAGAAGAACACAAGAACAGUGGAGAAAGCCGCGAGUCUGGAAACAUAGAACACGAAAAGAGUAAAGAGAGCAAUGAAAGUAAGGAAAAUGGCAACAGUAAGGAGAGGAAUGAGUCUGGACGCAAAAAACAGAAAAAGAAUAAAGAGAACAGCGAAAGUAUAGAAAAUUGGGACAGUAAGGAGAGGAAUGAGUCUGGACGCAAAAAACAAGAAAAGAAUAAAGAAAACAGCGAAAGUAUAGAAAAUUGGGACAGUAAGGAGAGGAAUGAGCCUGGACGCAAAAAACAGGAAAAGAAUACAGAGAACAGCGAAAGUAUAGAAAAUUGGGACAGUAAGAAGAGGAAUGAGUCUGGACGCAAAAAACAAGAAAAGAAUAAAGAAAACAGCGAAAGUAUAGAAAAUUGGAACGGUAAGGAGAGGAAUGAGUCUGGACGCAAAAAACAGGAAAAGAAUAAAGAGAACAGCGAAAGUAUAGAAAAUUGGGACAGUAAGGAGAGGAAUGAGUCUAGACGCAAAGAACAGGAAAAGAAUAAAGAGAACAGCGAAAGUAUAGAAAAUUGGGACAGUAACGAGAGGAAUGAGUCUGGACGCAAAAAACAGGAAAAGAAUAAAGAGAACAGCGAAAGUAAGGAAAAUUGGAACGGUAAGGAGAGAAAUGAGUCUGGAAGCAAGGAACAUAAAAACAGUAAAGAAAGUUCCGAAACUGAAAGAGAAGAACACAAGAACAGUGGAGAAAGCCGCGAGUCUGGAAACAUAGAACACGAAAAGAGUAAAGAGAGCAAUGAAAGUAAGGAAAAUGGCAACAGUAAGGAGAGAAAUGAAUCUGGAAGCAAAAAACAAAAAAAGAAUAAAGAAAACAGCGAAAGUAUAGAAAAUUGGGACAGUAAGGAGAGGAAUGAGUCUAGACGCAAAAAACAAGAAAAGAAUAAAGAAAACAGCGAAAGUAUAGAAAAUUGGGACAGUAAGGAGAGGAAUGAGUCUAGACGCAAAAAACAAAAAAAGAAUAAAGAAAACAGCGAAAGUAUAGAAAAUUGGGACAGUAAGGAGAGGAAUGAGUCUGGACGCAAAAAACAAGAAAAGAAUAAAGAAAACAGCGAAAGUAUAGAAAAUUGGGACAGUAAGGAGAGGAAUGAGUCUAGACGCAAAAAACAAGAAAAGAAUAAAGAAAACAGCGAAAGUAUAGAAAAUUGGAACGAUAAGGAGAGGAAUGAGUCUGGAAGCAAGGAACAUAAAAACAGUAAAGAAAGUUCCGAAACUGAAAGAGAAGAACACAAGAACAGUGGAGAAAGCCGCGAGUCUGGAAACAUAGAACACGAAAAGAGUAAAGAGAGCAAUGAAAGUAAGGAAAAUGGCAACAGUAAGGAGAGAAAUGAAUCUGGAAGCAAAAAACAAAAAAAGAAUAAAGAAAACAGCGAAAGUAUAGAAAAUUGGGACAGUAAGGAGAGGAAUGAGUCUGGACGCAAAAAACAAGAAAAGAAUAAAGAAAACAGCGAAAGUAUAGAAAAUUGGAACAGUAAGGAGAGGAAUGAGUCUGGAAGCAAGGAACAUAAAAACAGUAAAGAAAGUUCCGAAACUGAAAGAGAAGAACACAAGAACAGUGGAGAAAGCCGCGAGUCUGGAAACAUAGAACACGAAAAGAGUAAAGAGAGCAAUGAAAGUAAGGAAAAUGGCAACAGUAAGGAGAGAAAUGAAUCUGGAAGCAAAAAACAAAAAAAGAAUAAAGAAAACAGCGAAAGUAUAGAAAAUUGGGACAGUAAGGAGAGGAAUGAGUCUGGACGCAAAAAACAAAAAAAGAAUAAAGAAAACAGCGAAAGUAUAGAAAAUUGGGACAGUAAGGAGAGGAAUGAGUCUAGACGCAAAAAACAAGAAAAGAAUAAAGAAAACAGCGAAAGUAUAGAAAAUUGGGACAGUAAGGAGAGGAAUGAGUCUAGACGCAAAAAACAAGAAAAGAAUAAAGAAAACAGCGAAAGUAUAGAAAAUUGGAACGAUAAGGAGAGGAAUGAGUCUGGAAGCAAGGAACAUAAAAACAGUAAAGAAAGUUCCGAAACUGAAAGAGAAGAACACAAGAACAGUGGAGAAAGCCGCGAGUCUGGAAACAUAGAACACGAAAAGAGUAAAGAGAGCAAUGAAAGUAAGGAAAAUGGCAACAGUAAGGAGAGAAAUGAAUCUGGAAGCAAAAAACAAAAAAAGAAUAAAGAAAACAGCGAAAGUAUAGAAAAUUGGGACAGUAAGGAGAGGAAUGAGUCUGGACGCAAAAAACAAGAAAAGAAUAAAGAAAACAGCGAAAGUAUAGAAAAUUGGAACGAUAAGGAGAGGAAUGAGUCUGGAAGCAAGGAACAUAAAAACAGUAAAGAAAGUUCCGAAACUGAAAGAGAAGAACACAAGAACAGUGGAGAAAGCCGCGAGUCUGGAAACAUAGAACACGAAAAGAGUAAAGAGAGCAAUGAAAGUAAGGAAAAUGGCAACAGUAAGGAGAGAAAUGAAUCUGGAAGCAAAAAACAAAAAAAGAAUAAAGAAAACAGCGAAAGUAUAGAAAAUUGGGACAGUAAGGAGAGGAAUGAGUCUGGACGCAAAAAACAAGAAAAGAAUAAAGAAAACAGCGAAAGUAUAGAAAAUUGGGACAGUAAGGAGAGGAAUGAGUCUAGACGCAAAAAACAAGAAAAGAAUAAAGAAAACAGCGAAAGUAUAGAAAAUUGGAACAGUAAGGAGAGGAAUGAGUCUGGACGCAAAAAACAAGAAAAGAAUAAAGAAAGCAGCGAAAGUAUAGAAAAUUGGAACAGUAAGGAGAGAAAUGAGUCUGGAAGCAAAGAACAUAAAAACAGUAAAGAAAGUUCCGAAACUGAAAGAGAAGAACACAAGAACAGUGGAGAAAGCCGCGAUUCUGGAAACAUAGAACACGAAAAGAGUAAAGAGAGCAAUGAAAGUAAGGAAAAUGGCAACAGUAAGGAGAGAAAUGAAUCUGGAAGCAAAAAACAUAAGAAUAGUAAAGAAAGUGCCGAAACUGAAAGUGAAGAACACAAGAACAGUGGAGAAAGAAAUGAGUCUGGAAGCAAAGAACAUAAAAACAGUAAAGAAAGUUCCGAAACUGAAACAGAAGAACACAAGAACAGUUUAGAAAGCCGCGAGUCUGGAAACAUAGAACACGAAAAGAGUAAAGAGAGCAAUGAAAGUAAGGAAAAUGGCAACAGUAAGGAGAGAAAUGAAUCUGGAAGCAAAAAACAUAAGAAUAGUAAAGAAAGUGCCGAAACUGAAAGUGAAGAACACAAGAACAGUGGAGAAAGAAAUGAGUCUGGAAGCAAAGAACAUAAAAACAGUAAAGAAAGUUCCGAAACUGAAACAGAAGAACACAAGAACAGUUUAGAAAGCCGCGAGUCUGGAAACAUAGAACACGAAAAGAGUAAAGAGAGCAAUGAAAGUAAGGAAAAUGGCAACAGUAAGGAGAGAAAUGAAUCUGGAAGCAAAAAACAUAAGAAUAGUAAAGAAAGUGCCGAAACUGAAAGUGAAGAACACAAGAACAGUGGAGAAAGAAAUGAGUCUGGAAGCAAAGAACAUAAAAACAGUAAAGAAAGUUCCGAAACUGAAACAGAAGAACACAAGAACAGUUUAGAAAGCCGCGAGUCUGGAAACAUAGAACACGAAAAGAGUAAAGAGAGCAAUGAAAGUAAGGAAAAUGGCAACAGUAAGGAGAGAAAUGAAUCUGGAAGCAAAAAACAUAAGAAUAGUAAAGAAAGUGCCGAAACUGAAAGUGAAGAACACAAGAACAGUGGAGAAAGAAAUGAGUCUGGAAGCAAAGAACAUAAAAACAGUAAAGAAAGUUCCGAAACUGAAACAGAAGAACACAAGAACAGUUUAGAAAGCCGCGAGUCUGGAAACAUAGAACACGAAAAGAGUAAAGAGAGCAAUGAAAGUAAGGAAAAUGGCAACAGUAAGGAGAGAAAUGAAUCUGGAAGCAAAAAACAUAAGAAUAGUAAAGAAAGUGCCGAAACUGAAAGUGAAGAACACAAGAACAGUGGAGAAAGAAAUGAGUCUGGAAGCAAAGAACAUAAAAACAGUAAAGAAAGUUCCGAAACUGAAACAGAAGAACACAAGAACAGUUUAGAAAGCCGCGAGUCUGGAAACAUAGAACACGAAAAGAGUAAAGAGAGCAAUGAAAGUAAGGAAAAUGGCAACAGUAAGGAGAGAAAUGAAUCUGGAAGCAAAAAACAUAAGAAUAGUAAAGAAAGUGCCGAAACUGAAAGUGAAGAACACAAGAACAGUGGAGAAAGAAAUGAGUCUGGAAGCAAAGAACAUAAAAACAGUAAAGAAAGUUCCGAAACUGAAACAGAAGAACACAAGAACAGUUUAGAAAGCCGCGAGUCUGGAAACAUAGAACACGAAAAGAGUAAAGAGAGCAAUGAAAGUAAGGAAAAUGGCAACAGUAAGGAGAGAAAUGAAUCUGGAAGCAAAAAACAUAAGAAUAGUAAAGAAAGUGCCGAAACUGAAAGUGAAGAACACAAGAACAGUGGAGAAAGAAAUGAGUCUGGAAGCAAAGAACAUAAAAACAGUAAAGAAAGUUCCGAAACUGAAACAGAAGAACACAAGAACAGUUUAGAAAGCCGCGAGUCUGGAAACAUAGAACACGAAAAGAGUAAAGAGAGCAAUGAAAGUAAGGAAAAUGGCAACAGUAAGGAGAGAAAUGAAUCUGGAAGCAAAAAACAUAAGAAUAGUAAAGAAAGUGCCGAAACUGAAAGUGAAGAACACAAGAACAGUGGAGAAAGAAAUGAGUCUGGAAGCAAAGAACAUAAAAACAGUAAAGAAAGUUCCGAAACUGAAACAGAAGAACACAAGAACAGUUUAGAAAGCCGCGAGUCUGGAAACAUAGAACACGAAAAGAGUAAAGAGAGCAAUGAAAGUAAGGAAAAUGGCAACAGUAAGGAGAGAAAUGAAGCUGGAAGCAAAAAACAUAAGAAUAGUAAAGAAAGUGCCGAAACUGAAAGUGAAGAACACAAGAACAGUGGAGAAAGCAACGAGUCUGGAAACAAAGAACAGGAAAAGAAUAAAGAGAGCAGCAAAAAUAAAGAAAAAGGCAACAGUAAGGAGAGAAAUGAGUCUGGAAGCAAAGAACAUAAGAACAGUAAAGAAAGUGGCGAAACUGAAAGUGAGGAACACGAGAACAAUAGAGAAAUCGGAGAGUCUGGAAGCAAGUCCGAAAGCAAAGAACAUGAAAACAGUAGAGAAAACAAAUCCCGAAGCAGAGGAGAUAGCAAGAGUGAAAGAAGCAGUGAGUCCGAAAGCAAAGAAAAUGGCAAGAGCCUCGAAAGCAGCGAUAGUAAAGAAAAUAAAAAGGAGACAAAGGAGAAGGAGGAUACUAAUGAAAAGCAGACUACCCCUGAUUUUCCAACUUCUACGGAGUUGCCGAUAAUAUGUACUACUCCUACUGUACUUAAUUGUCCUAUUGGAAAUUUGACUGGCGAUCAAAUAGCUCUGGUUUGUCCCACUGGUUUCCGACGUCAUCCGAAAUAUUGCAAUCUUUUCUAUCAAUGUACAACAGUAGACAAAGUGGGCGCUAAAGUUGUCGUAUUUAUUUGUCCGAAAAACAGAAUUUUUGAUGAUAGAAAAGUACAAUGUGUACAAGAAAAUACCAUUCACAAAUGUAAUCCUGAAUAUGGUUGUAAACGUUUUAACUCUUUCACUGAAGAUACACUAAAAUCACUUAUAAGAGCUCCAACGAGAAAAUUAUGUCCAAGAGAAGGUGAUUUUCCUUAUGAUAAGGGUUCUUCGAAUGCAUACUAUAAAUGCAAGCGCAAUGUACAUGGCGUAAUUGAAGGAUAUCUCCUUAAGUGUCCAGAUGGACGAAUAUUUUCAAGCUUUUCAAGACGUUGUGAACGUAUUGAUGAUCCAAUGUGCAAAGUAUCUUGCAAACAUACAAACAGUAACAAAAUAAAAGUAGAAAGACCUAUUAUUUGGCCCGUUAAAACGAAUACAAAUGACAAAAUAGAUAUUAGCAUACAUAACGCGCCAUCUAAUGGGGUGUAUGUAACUUAUCAACAAAUGUAUUACGUUGGUCUUACACCAGCUCCACCAUAUUACUAAAGAGAUGAACAUUAUCAUCGCAAAAAAUAAAUUGAUUUCUAUAAUGUACUUUUAAGUAAUUAAUGCAAUAAAAUAAUUCUUAUACAAGAAA